AUGGCUCUCCCUCCUCCUUUCACCCAUUCGCCGCCAAUGUCGCUGGAGCAGCUUAUCGGCAGCUGCCACUCAUUACAAAGCACGUGGUGUAUCGGCGUCGUUCUGUGCUUGUUAUCCUCGUUCGCUGGCGCUCUCGGGGACAACAUCGUCCGCCUAUCAUUCUUGAAGGAAAGAGGUCGAAGUGUCUACAAGUCUACACGGUCUCUCCACCAGCGUCCUCUGUGGCUCCUCGGAACCUUUCUGGCAGUCGUCGUAAACCCUGUCUUGACACUUAUGGCACUCAAGUUGGCUGCUGCUUCAGUCGUCCUGCCCUUUGGUGGAAUGCACAUCUUUUGGAACGUCAUUCUGGUUGGCUACCUGUUAAGAGAGAAGCUCCUUGCAGCCGACGUUGUCGGCUCAAUGUGCAUUCUCUUUGGUAUUGUUGUUGCCAUUGCAUACGGCGCACACGAACUUCCUCCGUACACUAUAGCGUCACUUACUGCUAUGGCGUCUCAGCCCGCAUUUUCCAUCUACUUGAUGGUCACUUUCUUCGUCGUCACUGCCAUGAUGCUCGCCGUCGCCACCCCCGUGCACAAAGGACUGGCCCGGCUCUUUCCGCCUUUCCUUGGACAAGAUUGCAGCUCCCCACCAGGCCAGCCAGUGACUGAUACUUCUAUGCUGCUGCCAUACUUCGCUGUCGCGGAACAGGCUGGGCCACCUUUUCGGUUGCGGCGCCUGUGCGUGUCGGCCCUGAGUGGCAUAUUAGGAGGACUGGGGAAUCUAAGCGCAAAAGCCGCGAUCGAGGUUGUCAGCUCGGAGGGCAUUGCGGUACGAGGCGAAGAGAGGAUUGAACUGUGA